AUGGCACUGCCUGCGUGUGCAGCCGGGGUGCUUCGGCCGUCACUGCAACCGGAGCGAGGAGCGCCCGCCCGCACCACCUGUCCCCGCCGACAUUCCAGAGGGGAGGCUGAAUUGGCAGAGAGCCGGCCCCGAUCAGUCGCCGCCUCAGCCCGCGAGGACCCUCCUAGGGGUGUGUCUCGCGGAUUCAACUCCCAGCCGCCAACGGACGAGCCCCUAAAGGCGUCUUCCUCUCUGGCGGGAGCCGCGCGUGCCCCACUCUUCCCGCUGUUGCCCCGAGGCCGCCGCGGGCGGAUGCACGACCUCCGGAGACGCUGGGACCUGGGCUCCCUCUGCCGGGCCCUGCUCACUCGGGGCCUGGCAGCGCUGGGCCACUCUCUGAAGCACGUGCUCGGUGCGAUCUUCUCCAAGAUCUUCGGCCCCCUGGCCAGCGUCGGGAAUAUGGAUGAGAAAUCCAACAAGCUGCUGCUGGCUUUGGUGAUGCUUUUCCUCUUCGCCGUGAUCGUCCUCCAGUACGUGUGCCCCGGCACAGAAUGUCAGGUCCUCCGCCUGCAGGCUUUCAGCUCCCCGAUGCCGGACCCGUACCGCUCAGAGGAUGAGAGCUCCGCCCGGUUCGUGCCCCGUUACAAUUUCAGCCGCAGCGAUCUCCUGCGCAAGGUAGACUUCGACAUCAAGGGCGAUGACCUGAUCGUGUUCCUGCACAUCCAGAAGACCGGAGGGACCACGUUUGGCCGCCACCUCGUGCGCAACAUCCAGCUGGAGCAGCCUUGCGAGUGCCGCGUGGGUCAGAAGAAAUGCACUUGCCACCGGCCCGGUAAGCGGGAGACCUGGCUCUUCUCCAGGUUCUCCACUGGCUGGAGCUGCGGGCUGCACGCCGACUGGACCGAGCUCACCAGCUGCGUGCCCGCCGUAGUCGAUGGCAAACGCGAUGCCAAGCUGAGACCAUCCAGGAAUUUCCACUAUAUCACCAUCCUCCGAGACCCAGUGUCGCGGUACUUGAGUGAAUGGAGGCAUGUCCAGAGAGGGGCGACAUGGAAAGCAUCGCUGCAUGUCUGUGAUGGAAGGCCCCCAACCUCCGAAGAGCUACCCAGCUGCUACACUGGUGAUGACUGGUCUGGCUGCCCUCUGAAAGAGUUCAUGGACUGUCCCUAUAAUCUGGCCAACAACCGCCAGGUGCGCAUGCUCUCUGACCUGACCCUCGUAGGCUGCUACAACCUCUCUGUCAUGCCAGAAAAGCAAAGAAACAAGGUCCUCCUGGAAAGUGCCAAAUCGAAUCUGAAGCACAUGGCAUUCUUCGGCCUAACUGAGUUUCAGCGGAAGACCCAAUAUCUGUUUGAGAAAACCUUCAACAUGAACUUCAUUUCGCCGUUUACCCAAUAUAAUACCACUAGGGCCUCUAGUGUAGAAAUCAGUGAGGAAACCCAAAAGCGAAUUGAGGGACUGAAUUUUCUGGAUAUGGAAUUGUACAGCUUUGCGAAAGAUCUCUUUCUGCAAAGGUAUCAGUUUAUGAGGCAGAAAGAUCAUCAAGAUGCUAGGCGGAAGCGUCAGGAACAACGCAAAUUCCUGAAGGGAAGGUUCCUUCAGACCCAUUUCCAGAGCCAGGGUCAGGGCCAGAGCCAGAAUCCGAGUCAGAAUCAGAGUCAGAGCCCAAAUGUGAAUGCAAAUCAGAACGUGACUCAGAAUCUGAUUCAGAAUCUGCUUCAGAAUCUGACUCAGAAUUCAAGUCAGAAUUCAAUCCAGAAAGAGAACCGGGAAAGCCCGAAGCAGGACCCAGGCCAAGAGCAGAGCGAUAGCAACACCAGCAAUGGCACUAAUGACUACAUAGGCAGUGUAGAGAAAUGGCGUUAA